GUUCGUUGUGACGUCAGAAGUUUCGUUGACGAUCAAAAUGAAGGCGCACACGUGGUAACUCAAAGCCGAAAAAUGACAAAGCGUGAAAAUAAUGUUCCAUCCAGCGCAACAUUUAUUUGUUCCUUUCCUGACUGUCAAGCGUCAUAUAACAAAGGAUGGAAGCUAGAAGCGCACCUCUGCAAACAUACAGGGGAGAGGCCAUUUAAGUGCGAAUAUAACGACUGCAGCAAAUCUUUCUGCACGAAAUAUCACCUUGCUCGUCACACGCUGACACAUACCGGAGACAGACCUUACAUAUGCUCGGAGGACGGAUGCAAAGAAGGAUUCACCACAAACACCAACCUGAAGAAACAUAUUUCACGUAUUCACAGACAAGAGACAAAACAGUACAUAUGCACAUUUGAAGGAUGUGGCAAAGCAUUCAAGAAGAAUAACCAGCUGAAAACCCAUGAGUGUACACACACCCAGCUGCUACCGUUCUUAUGCUCAUAUGAUGGCUGCGGGAGACGUUUCUCACAGCGUGGUAAACUGAAGCGCCAUGAGAAGGUACACAAUGGCUAUUCCUGCACGGCUGCGGGCUGCUCGUUUGUGGGAAAGAACUGGACAGAGAUGACAAACCACAACAAAGUUCAUAUAGUCCGGGUACAGUGUGAUCAGUGUAAGAAAACAUUCAGGGAUAGCUGGUUCCUGAAGCAGCAUCAGCAUGUUCACUCUAAAGAGCGCCUGGUCUUCCACUGCCCCAGAGACGGAUGUUCCCGCUCAUACACCACUGCGUUCAACCUGCAGAGCCACAUACUGUCCUUCCAUGAAGAGCAGCGCUUCUUCAACUGCACUCACCCUGGCUGUGGCAAGUCCUUUUCCAUGAAGCAAAGUUUACAGCGCCAUGGUGUGGUUCAUGAUCCUGAAAAGAAACAGCUCAAGCCUCGUCCAAAACGUUCCCUGGCAUCUCGUUUGAGUGGUCACAAACCAAAAAAGAAACGUCAAGCAAAAACUUCAAAUUCAGAUGAAUCUUCAAUGCCACAGAUUAGCCAGUCCGAGUCAACCACAAAUCCUCAAUUAAUAGGUCAGCUGCAAUCAUUCAGCUCUCAAGGUUUUACAAUCCUAAAAGCAGACAUCCCAGAAACCUGCACCCAGAGUUUAAAAAGUUCUGAUUUAGAGACCAUUAAACCUGAGAGUGUUGUCAGCCAAUCAAAAAACAUUUAUUCUGAGUUCAACAACACUGCAAAUCCAGUGGUCAACCUUUUAGAGCCCCUCUUACUGUAGAGUCAAUUUCCAGUGAACCCAAUAGUUUCCAUUUCACCCCACAGGACAAUUUCUAAAGCAAAAUUUUUUUGGAGG